AGACCAAUUUUUAUAAGCUUAUAAAGAUUCCCCAUGUUUCUGUAACUUUCUUCUGAAAUUGCGAAAUUUUCAAGCCGCCAUUUGACUCACCACCGCCCUCUAAUCUCAGACAUGGCGUCCUCGCCGUUUUUCCACUCAUCUCUCACGCCGAAACCCAGGCCCUCGGUAAUAAGACCUAGAGGCAACGGUCGCUAUUUGCCCAUAAUUAAAUGCUCCUCAUCCACUUUCGAUCCUUCCACGCCCGCGGCGAAGCAUCGGCGGCCGGCGGUGGAGAACAUCCGCGAAGAAGCGAGGCGGCUUCGGUCGGCAGAUGUGGCGGCAGCGGGGCAGCAGUUCUCGGCCAAAUACGUGCCGUUCAACGCCGGGCCGGACUCGUCGGAGUCGUACUCGCUGGACGAGGUGGUGUACCGGUCACGCUCCGGCGGGCUUCUGGACGUGGAGCACGACAUGCAGGCGCUGAAGAGGUUCGACGGCGAGUACUGGCGGGCGCUGUUCGACUCGCGCGUGGGGAAGACGACGUGGCCGUACGGCUCCGGCGUGUGGUCGAAGAAGGAGUGGGUGUUGCCGGAGAUCGACAGCGACGAUAUCGUCAGUGCCUUCGAAGGCAAUUCCAACCUCUUCUGGGCUGAGCGUUUCGGUAAACAGUUUCUGGGCAUGAACGAUUUGUGGGUAAAGCACUGCGGCAUUAGCCACACGGGCAGCUUCAAGGACCUGGGCAUGACGGUUCUAGUCAGCCAAGUGAACCGCCUCCGCAAAAUGAACCGCCCCGUCGUCGGCGUCGGCUGCGCUUCCACUGGAGACACCUCCGCCGCGCUCUCCGCCUACUGCGCCUCUGCAGGCAUCCCCUCAAUAGUCUUCCUCCCCGCAAACCGAAUUUCAAUUGCCCAGCUCGUCCAGCCCAUUGCCAAUGGCGCAUUUGUGUUGAGUAUAGACACUGAUUUUGAUGGGUGCAUGAAGCUGAUUCGGGAAGUGACUUCUGAACUACCCAUAUAUUUAGCCAAUUCUUUGAAUAGUUUGAGGCUGGAGGGGCAGAAAACAGCAGCAAUCGAGAUUCUGCAGCAGUUCGAUUGGGAAGUGCCGGAUUGGGUUAUAGUUCCAGGAGGUAAUCUCGGAAACAUAUACGCUUUCUACAAAGGAUUCAAAAUGUGCCAUGAGUUGGGGCUUGUUGAUCGGAUUCCAAGGCUUGUAUGUGCUCAAGCUGCCAAUGCCAAUCCUCUCUAUCAGUAUUACAAGUCAGGGUGGGCAGAGUUCAAGCCAGUGAAGGCCAAUUCGACUUUCGCCUCUGCUAUCCAGAUUGGAGACCCGGUUUCCAUCGAUAGAGCUGAGUUUGCUCUCAAGAAUUCAAAUGGUAUCGUCGAGGAAGCAACUGAGGAAGAGUUGAUGGAUGCCAUGGCAAAUGCAGAUUCCACUGGCAUGUUCAUUUGUCCUCACACCGGCGUGGCGCUGGCUGCAUUGAUUAAGCUGAGGAACAGCGGGGUUAUAGGACCCACCGACCGGACGGUGGUGGUAAGCACGGCACAUGGGCUGAAGUUUACGCAAUCCAAGGUUGACUAUCACUCGAAAAAGAUCCCGGAUUUGGCCUGCAGAUUCGCCAACCCGCCAGUGGAAGUGAAGGCAGAUUUCGGGGCAGUAAUAGAUGUUCUGAAGAAGCAUUUGUCGAGUAAAACUCAGAAGCAUUAGGCGAGAAUGGCCGGGCUAGGAAUUAUAUUUGUAUGUUGUGUUAUGGGUUCCACGUUUUGAUAAUUGAUAUGUAUUUUCCUCUUUGCAGAAUAGAAACACUUGUGUAGAAACUGGCUGUAAUAUGCGUUCAAAAUUUUGUGAUGACAAUAAAUUUUCUUUUCGAUCCUCC